AAUUAACCUUUGACUGCAACAAUGGCUGCCAGCAUGGAAGCUCAAACUUCUUCCAUUCCUUCUCCUCCUCCUUCUAGCGAUCAUUCGUCUUUGUUUGUAAGUAGAGGCAGUACUGGGUUGAAGCUAUGGAAAGUAGGAGAGAAAGAUCCAUUAAGAAUAAUCAGUUCCGAUGGUAAUAUCCGGUCUAUUGCCUGGUCACCAAACGGGGAGAAAUUAGCAUAUUCAAGCAGAGAAGGGUCAGUCGUAUGUGAUAUGCCAGGUGGUAGUGUCCUCCAUACUUUAGAGUAUCCAGCCACUAACAUUGCCUUCUCUCCCCUUGGGACGUUCCUCCUCCUAUGGGAACCAUAUGCUGUGGCACGUGGGGAGACUGGGAAACCAAACCUUCACGUAUGGAGCAUGAGAGACAAAGAAAUAAUAAUUGAAUAUUAUCAGAAGAGACUUGACAACUGGUUAAUACAGUGGAGUAAGGAUGAAAGUGUUUGUGCCAGAAAUGUAACAAAUGAAGUUCAUUUCUUUGAAGGAUGUCCGGGUAAGUCUCCAGGACAUAGACUAGUUAUUGAUCAGUUGAGUAGUUUCUCCUUAUCUCCAUCACUACCAUUACACGUAUCAGUACAUGUGAAAGGAAGCAAGGGUGCUCCUUCUGUUGUGAGGAUUUAUAAGUAUCCAGUCUUUACUGGCUCUGGCUCUGUCAUUGCUAAUAAGAGCUUUUAUAAAGCUGACACUGUACAGAUGAAGUGGGACCAUGAAGGUAAAGGAGUGUUGGUAUUAACUACAACUGAUGUUGAUAAAUCUGGUGAGUCCUACUAUGGGGAGCAACACUUGUACUACCUGACUGUGAAAGGAGAUGGGUCUAUGGUUCCACUAGAUAAAAAAGGCCCAGUCUACAGUGUUGAAUGGUCCCCAACUGCUACUGAGUUCUGUGUCAUUUAUGGAUUUAUGCCAUCAAAGGCGGCUUUGUUUAAUAGCAAAUGUGAUCUGAUCUUUGACUUUGGGAUAACUCACAGGAACACAGCACUCUACAAUAAAUAUGGUUCUCUGAUCUUCCUGGCUGGUUUUGGUAAUUUAAGAGGUAACAUGGAGUUUUGGAACAACGAGAAGCGAACACUGAUAGGGAAAGGACAAGCCAGUGAUUCUACUCAGUGUGAAUGGAGUCAUGAUGGAGUACACAUAUUGACAGCAACCACUGCACCAAGACUGAGGGUUGGGAAUGGUUUCAAAGUAUGGAAGUAUAAUGGUGAUCUUAUCUUUGAAAUUGGAACUAAAGAUAGAGAGGAAUUGUGGGAGUGUUCUUGGUUACCAGCGAAUGAGCUUAUUCCACCUGUCAUUAAAGAACCAUCGGCAGCUGCUAGUAAACAAUUAAUAGAUAAACCAGUAGCUGCUUAUGUGCCUCCGUCACUAAGAGGAAAGCAACCAUCAAGGCCAGUUAAAAAGGAUAUUAUCAGUGAAGAUACUACUAAAGCUGAGCCGUUAAGUAAAUCAGCUGCUAAGAAUAAGAAGAAACGAGAGGCUCAGAAACACAAAAAGGACGACAAGACGACUGAGCAGCUUGAAGCCAUAGCAACAGCUUCUUACAUAACAGGACGAAGUCAAGAGAGUAGCUCAACACUGAACGACAAUGAGAAAAGAAUCAAAGCUUUAAGAAAAAAAUUACGUCAAAUUGAUUUAUUAAAAGAACAAGUAAAAGAAGGGAAGACACUUGAAGCUAAUCAGUUGGAGAAGCUAAAGACCGAGUCAUCAAUUAUAGAGGAAAUCAAAGAAUUGGAACUAAAAUGAAGGACCACUCAAAAAAUAAUUUGCAUCAAAUUCCUGAGCCUCAAGUUACGUUACUACGUGGGCAUUCCAAUAAAAA